UCACCGUAGUCUCAAGAUCUAUCUGAAUAAACAUUUUCAGUGCGUGUGCGUCUUUCUGUCAUCAACCAUGGCUGAAGACGUGUGCUGCUUGAAAGCACAGCUAGAGGAGAGAGAAAAGGAGAUUACUGCUCUGAAAAAUAAACUGGCACAUCUGGAAAAGAGCUUUACCUCUGUAUUGGAACUGCAUGACAAAGUGAUACCCCUGACCCCCCUGAAGGCCAAAGCAACCCUCAGCAAUGAGGACAUCAUGCGGUACAGUAGACAGCUCCUACUGCCUGAGCUUGGUGUACAAGGUCAGCUAAACUUAUCCAAAACCUCAGUACUGGUUGUGGGCUGUGGAGGACUGGGAUGCCCCUUGGCACAGUAUCUUGCAGCCGCAGGAAUUGGACGUCUGGGCCUGCUGGACUAUGACGAGGUGGAGCUCAGUAACCUGCACAGACAGGUGCUUCAUGGGGAGGAGAACCAGGGCCAGGCUAAGGCUCUGUCUGCUGCCAAUGCAGUUACAAGGUUGAACUCAUCAGUGGAGUGCAUCCCCUACCACCUGCAGCUCUCGCCGGAGAAUGCCUUGCAACUCAUUCAGCAGUAUGACAUUGUGGCUGAUUGUUCAGACAAUGUCCCUACACGUUAUCUGGUGAACGAUGCCUGUGUGCUUAGUGGCAAACCUCUGGUGUCAGCAAGUGCCCUGAGAAUGGAGGGGCAGUUGACGGUAUAUAACUACUGUGGAGGCCCCUGCUACAGAUGUCUGUACCCAGUCCCUCCACCCCCAGAGACAGUGACCAACUGUUCUGAUGGAGGGGUGUUAGGAGUGGUUCCAGGGAUAAUGGGCUGCUUUCAGGCACUGGAGGUCCUCAAGAUUGCUUCUGGACAAGGCUCUUCCUGCAGACAGCAGCUGAUGAUGUAUGACGCCCAAGACGCCAGAUUCAGGUCCAUCAAGUUGCGCCCCAAGCAAGCUGGCUGUGCUGUGUGUGGAGAGAACCCCAGGGUGACCCAGUUAGUAGACUAUGAGGCUUUCUGUGGGUCUGCUGCCACAGAUAAGUGCCGCAAACUCAACCUGCUCUCCAGAGAUCAGAGGAUCACUGUACAGGAUUAUAAAUCCUUAAUGGACAACGCAGAGCCCCAUCUCCUGUUGGAUGUGCGCCCUCGUGUGGAGGUGGAUAUAUGCCACCUACCUUUCUCUCUCAACAUUCCCCUCUCAAGUUUAGAGGAGAGGAAGAGUGAAGGUGUCCGAUUACUUCAGGAGAAAAUCAGCCAAUUGAAACAGCAGAUGGCAGGUGACUGCCAGCCUCCAGUGUAUGUGAUCUGUAAGCUGGGGAACGACUCUCAGAAGGCGGUGCAGGUUUUGGAGAAGAUCAGCGGCUCAGAAAUGGACAGUGUCACAGUGAAAGACAUCAGUGGAGGCCUCAUGGCAUGGGCAAAGAAAAUAGAUCCCACAUUUCCUCAGUAUUAACACAUUUUUACAUUUUUAAAUAAAUCAAUAAAUAAACUCU